AUGCCGGACCAGGAACAGGAAUGGAACACAGCCCUCGUUCCGAUAAAGGACUGGUUGGUGAAACAACCUCACCUACCCAACGAUAUAGGUGAUGUGCUCCUUCGUCGGUUUUACGUGAGCUGUGAUCGUUCUAUGGAGCGAGUUAAGAGGACCAUUGAUCUGUUCUUCACAAUCCGAUCGACAGCACCAGAAUUGUUCCUCAAAAGGGACCCCUGGUCUCCCGAAAUACAAAGAGUCUUUGAAAUAACAGACAUGUUGCCAUUACCAAAUAAGACGAAAGAAAACUACAAAGUGUUUCUGUAUCGUCUGAACAAUCCAGACUACGAUCUAUUCAACUUUAUAGAUGCUAUCAAAGUGUUCUUCAUGUUGGCUGAUACUCGUCUCACAGAAGAAGACGAUAUACCAUCAGGAGAAAUACCUAUAUUCGAUGCUACUAACGUCACACUCAAGUUCAUGGGAAAAAUCAAUCUGACAGUACUCAGGAAAUACAUGCUUUACACACAGGAAGCUCUGCCAAUAAGACUAAAGCAGGUUCAUAUAAUCAACGCUCCGCCGUACAUCGGGAAAUUAUACGCGAUUUGCAAACCGUUCAUCAACACAGAGGUCGCUAAACUGAUAAAAUUCCACGAGCCUAAUUCAACCACGUUGUAUGAAGACGUACCAAUGGAGAUUUUGCCGGAUGAGCUAGGAGGUUCGGCUGGCACUAUCGAACAGAUCAAGAAAUACUGGAUUAAGAGAAUCGAAGCGAAGAGGUAUACACAUAUACUUAAUACUGAUUGA